AUGGCCAUCAUUGUCGACGUGAACGAAGGCGCUCCUCUUGUCAUGUCGUCGGAGGGCGCUGCGGCGUUGGUGUUGACUGUGAAAAGACCUGUCGGUAUAUAUAAGACCGCCUUGCUGGAACAGGAAGCAGUAGCGAGCAUGGCAGCCCGAAGAGUCCUGAGCGUCCUGACGGUGGCGAUGAUGGGGGUUGUCUCCCAAGCAGCGCCUCCCCACUUCAACGGCUCGCUGCCCUUCGUCAUCGAGCCUCGCGUGAACUUCGACGACACGUGUAGGUGUGGGCAGAAGGCCGCGUCCAGGAUCGUGGGCGGGGUGACCACGGGCGUGAACGAGUGGCCGUGGCAAGCGGCGCUGAUGUACGGGUCACAGCAGUUCUGCGGCGGAUCCCUGAUCAACGACCGAUACGUCCUGACCGCCGCCCAUUGCACCGAGAGCAUGAGAGCGUCUGACCUGACCAUCCGUCUGGCCGAACACAGGCUGAGCACUUCUUCAGAGACCAGUGUUGUGAGCAGGUCUGUGUCUCAGAUCAUCGAGCAUCCGAACUACCAGCCGGGUAACGAGAUUAACGACAUCGCUCUCGUUAAACUGUCAUCGCCAGUCAAGGUGAGCGACACAGUGUUGCCAGUGUGCAUGCCACCACCCAAGCCAACAUACGCCGGCAAGACAGCCACUGUCACAGGUUGGGGAACCACCAGCUCCGGAGGUUCGUCUUCAGACACUCUGAGGGAAGUCGACGUCACGGUGCUGUCCAACACCGCGUGUCAGUCCGGCAAUUACGGAAGCGCCAUUCAAGACACCAUGUUGUGCGCCGGAAGUGCAGGCAAGGACUCGUGCCAGGGAGACUCCGGCGGCCCUCUGGUGUUCAAGGACGGAGGUGGAAACUACGACCAGAUCGGCGUGGUGAGCUGGGGCGUUGGGUGCGGAGCUCGAGGCUACCCCGGCGUGUACACCCGCGUCAACAGCUACCUCGACUGGAUCAAGACCAACACAGCCGAUGGCGUUUACUGCAAAGGAAUGCUUCUCUAG